ACGGAAAAAAUGAAUUGUUGCGGGUGACGUCACGCCCGUUGUUUCGGAUGACGCUGGGCAGCAGGCCGCACGCGCAUAGCAGGGACGUAACGUUACUCUGUCAGGUUUUUGUGGAUCAAGGUCGUCGACUUCCACUCAAUCACAACGAAAUACGGGAUUACCCUCUCCCAUCCCCCUCACCCCCCUUCUAAAAACAGCAUGGCUCAAGAGACAAAUCAGACUCAGGUGCCGAUGCUUUGCACUAUGGGAUGCGGUUUCUAUGGUAAUCCUCGCACCAAUGGAAUGUGCUCUGUCUGCUACAAGGAACAUCUGCAGAGACAGCAAGGAGGGGGGAGAACCAGCCCCCCAGGUGAAAAAGCUGCCACAUCACCUGUCGAUACCCCAAUUGCAUCUGAAAUAAUAUUGGAAUCCACCCCAGUGCCCACCAUGGAAGCUGUUACCCCACCUGAAGAACGAACGUCCAGCUGUUCGUCCAGCCCAGUAACCCAGCAGAUGACAGCUAUGAGCAUCUCGCAGGACACAGGAAACACCGAUUCGGACAGGGCAGAAGCAGAAGACGACGAUGAGGAAGGGUCAUCUAAAAGCACAGGCCCAGUAGGAGAGAGCGCACAGGCGUCAUCAGAUGGAGAUCAGACUCCUGACAAGAACAAAAAAAAGAAUCGGUGCUUUACUUGUAGGAAAAAAGUUGGCCUCACGGGCUUUGACUGUCGCUGCGGCAACCUGUUUUGCGCUAUUCACCGCUACUCUGACAAACAUGACUGUCCCUACGACUACCGAGGAGCUGCUGCCGCUCGUAUCCGCAAGGAAAACCCCAUCGUGGUAGCCGAGAAGAUUCAGAAGUUAUGAGGACUGAUGGCUCAGAGCAAAAAUCAUUGACCUGAAAGUUUUGGAACCAUGGCGCUGAAUAACACCAUUCUUAAAUGGGAUCAUUUCUUCAUUGUAGGAUAAGGUGGGUGUGGUUGUAGGGUACUGCCCCUGCUUGGCCACUCCCUAAACUAUCAUCUCCCUGUCUCUCCUGGAAGGACGGUGCAGGAAUGCGUGUAUGAAUGUGUGGCCAUUUCAAAGAUGACGUUUGUGCGUGUGCUUGUUUUUUUUCUAGAGAGCCAGGGAGAAGAGGGAUUGGUUGUCACAUGGGCAUCCAUUUGAAUUGGGGGGAGGGAGGACUCUUUAGUUUUUACCUUUUUUGUUAGGAUAUUAACAUUAUUUUUUUAUAGGAACCCUCGGGAUGUGUGUUUUGAAAUCUGGGGAGUACAAAUUGCGGGUGGGGGUUUCAUUGACAAGAUUUCUCUCCGAUUGCAAAAUGUUGCUGAAGAAUAUAGAUUUUAAUGACUACUCCCACAUUUACCCAUUUAAAAUAUUAUUUUUGUGUUAUUCUUUUUUUCUGGUUAAUUACCCCUUACAUCAAAUCCCAGCUCAUGCAUUUAAAAACAAUUCCUUUUUUAUAUAUUGACUUAUCAUGCUAAUGUUGGGUGCAUGAAUAGUUAUCGGAUGGGGCUUUGAAUGGGGAGCGGGGUGGGGAGUAAACGUAAGAGACUUGACAUAAGCGUGUGACUGAGUUUUUUUCCCUUCCUUUUCUGUUUUAAUGAGUGUAUGGCAUCAGAAAAUCUAUAUUAAUAUAUUGUACGUAUUGAACUGUGUGAUUGCAUUCUAUUUAUUUUGUAUUAUCAUUUGGUUGGUUGGUACUGGAGGAUUGGAAGCAUGUGUCCUGAAAAGAAAACUCGAGGAAAAAACAUUGGGUUAAUCACUUAAAUAUAAUUUUCCGUUCAUUUUGUAUUAUCGAUCUUAACAAUUGUGCGUUCCGAUGUUCGAUGGAGAUCAAGUCUGUAUCUUAAAAAACGAAUGGACUUGAUUUGGCUACAAAAUUUUGUAUCAUUUAUGAAUUGAAGCACAAUGAAAGUUCUUUAGUUCUUUAGUAUCUUUGCACAAACACAACAAAACUGUGCAGCAUGUACGAAACCUAGCAGCAGGCCAUUUAUCGCUAAUGCACACUUGCAUACAAGCCCUCAGAGUCGCAGAGCUUUGAGAAGCAAGGUAUUUGUUGUUAACCACCAGCAGACUAAUGAAUGAUGCAAACAGAGCUGGCGUAUCAUUCGUUUUAGGUGACACUUCUAUUCUGAGAUGUGUAUUUCCUUAAUUAUUAUGAAAACUGCUGUGCUUAAUGAUGUCAUAAUGGACAGUGCACUCUCCUUAACAGAUAACCAUUGCAUGCUCGCUCUUAUAUAAGGCCAGUUUGCUAAGUUUGCUGCAGCCACAUCUUCAAUUGCAAUCUUAAACUGUAAAAGAAUGUAAAAUGAACAAUGUCCUAUUGUUGUAGUUCAUGGUCGAAUGGAGCCUGCCUCUGCUAUCCAAAUUAACAGAAUUCUACAGUGUUCUCUAGUGUAAAUAUGAGGUGGCCACCAUUCAUAUUGAAUUAUGCUAAUUAGAAAGUUAUAAGGCUUAUAAGAAGGGUGGGAAGGUUCAGUGAGAAAAAUGUAUACGUUUCGUGUGUACGUAGUGUUAAUUAAUAACUAUCCAUAUGUAAGGUGGAAGUUGCAGCGUGGUGUUCUCGGUCAUCUUUUGUGUAAGGCCUGUUUUGUGCUGGCCGUGUGUUUUUAAUUUUUUUUUUUAAAGGGCUGAAACAACCUUGUGGCACAUUUGUGUUGGUUAGUAACAUUUGUCAUGUCUCUUGAUUUGCACACUUUUUCAGUUUCCUGAUAUAAAGACACCUGAAGGCCGCUUGGCAGAUGUGAAUGAUAUGUAGAAUCUGCCAGGGCGGGCACCAAACGAAUACAUUGCAGUGUGAUUCCUGGUGUGAAAUAUAAUGACCUUGUCUCUUUAUGAGAAUAACAUGAGCUUUAGUUAGCACAGACUAUGAUUGGAGCAUUAACCUCCGAGGUGCUGCCAGCUCAAGAGAGCAUUUGUGAAAGCCAGAAGCCAGGUGUAAGUGGCUCAAAGAGCUGGCAUGUACAUGACAUGGUUGGCUGAGCCGGCUUCUUGACAGCCUUUUAAUGAGGACUUGGAACUCUUACAGACUGCCUACUUAGUUGUUUGUGAUGCUUGAAGAUCAUACUCCCCUCACAGACUUGUAGAGACAAUACCGUUCCUGGCUUUAGGUGUACAGACAGGUGAAAGGCACUGUCAGGGUAUGGGGAUGCUCAAAUAUCUACUGUUAGUGGGAUGGAGUCCUGUUAGAGAUGUGAAUGUAGGCAUCCAGUUACUAAUACUGAUCAAGCUUGAUGAUAUUGACCCCUAAUGGAGUCCAGGACAGUUGGGUCACAGUUCCCUACCUUUAUUGCCUUCAGUGUGUUUUCAAAUUGGCACUGUAUGCCAAUCUUAUCAUCAGCCCUUUUACACUAGCAGUGAUUCACAGAAAUUAUUACAUGUGGUAAUGAGGAAAAAACAGAGUAAUCUCUGCAUAACACAAAGCAGAAAUGCCUUGACAUUUGUGAAGGUGUUGAAACGUUAUACUCUCGCGGUAGUUCAUCAGAACAUUCAGAAAGAGAAGUAAGAUUCAUUUCAGGCAUUAUCGGAAGUACAUUGACCAGUACUCAUGGAUUAAUUUACCAGCGUGCCCAGUCCCCCAGAGACACCACCAGAUACCUUUUUUCUUUUAAAAUUUAGGAUUGUAUGAUGUGUAUGAGUAAGUAUAAAACCAAUAAAAUCACAAAGUUUAUUUUAAAAUU